AUGGCGACUUCGUGGAACAUCACUCUGAAUGAUACAAGCCCAGUAUUCACGUAUUAUCCUUACUAUGAUGGUUUUGGUUUGGGCAACGGCUGGCAAGUCUGGUACUCGGAGACUGGGUAUAAUACGGUCCCUGCGAAUGCAGGAAAUGGCAUAUCAGCGCAUAGAACCUCGCUGACAGGUGCUAAUGUUACUUUUUCAUUUUAUGGCACGGGGAUAGAACUCUAUGGAACGGCUAAUUGCACGUUCGAUGUCACGGUAGACAACAUUUUCUCCUCAGCCCUCACCACCACCAGCGAUGUCCUGUAUUCUAAGCAAACGUUAUCGGAAGGAGUCCAUGCACUCACCCUAACUGCCCACCCGACUUCUGGGCAGCAACUUGCAUUUGAAAAUGCUGUAAUUUAUAUUGAUCAAGCAGUCCCCCAAACUGAAUUAUUCAGUAAUACAAACACCACGUUUUUAAACUAUGCCGGAAACUGGACUGUGGGCACGGACGCACACAUACCUGGAGGUGCCUUCCAUUUUACGGAAGAGAUGGGUUCGAGCGUAUCUACUUCAUUUGGAGGUUCAUCGGCGGUGGUUGUACAAGGCAUUGUAAACUGGGGUAAUUGGCAAUAUACAGUGUCUUUAAAUGGUACCCAGUCUGUACUGAAUGCAAGCAGCUUCUGGUUCAUUCCGGACACUACCUUAUUUUAUCAAGGGGGCCUAGAUCCAGGACAAACGUAUGUUUUGAACAUUACCGACACAAGUGAAGACGGCAACAAGCUUGCGAUAAACUCCAUGAAACUCUACCAGCCGCAGGCUACUGCACUGCCGUCAUCAUCGAAGCCCUCAAAAAUAGGUGAAAUAGCUGGCUCGGCUGUAGGAGUGGUCAUCUUGCUUGCCUUUGUCGUCGGUUUCCUCUUCUGGGGACGCCCAUGGCGCCCCAAAACAGUAAUUCCAGGACGAGAUCUCGAAGUACUGACAAACGAAAUGACUCCUGGGGCUCGUGCUACGCACUUCCCCGCAUUGUCCGCGCCGUACACUAUUUUCAGCACCACUGGCAGAGUACAUGCGGAAAAAUUCCCAUUAGCGCCUAUCGGCGGAAACACUAGUACUGAUGAUUCGCUGCGUCACCGCGAGAGAGAAAUUGCACGUGGUCCUGGAUCCGUCACAAGCUCUCUAGGCCCAUACAGCGGACCCAGAAAUAAUACGAGUGGUUCUCUGUCUUCUCCCAGUGCGCGUGGUCGGCGGCGCCCUUUGCCACCUCCACCUGAUAACAUUUCAUCUACUGCACAUUCUCUACAGGAGAUGCACCGUUCUCCGAGGCCAUCAGGGCUGGAGCCGCCUAUGCAGAUACCAGACUCAGAAGUGGAUAGAAUACUGGAAAUUAUAGCUUCGCGUAUUGACGUACCCGAAAGAAACCCCUCUUCUCCUCCACCCCAGUACCGAGACUGA